AUGAUCGUCAACGGUAUUAUUGCAAUGAGAAGUGGAAAGGUUCGGAUGGAGCAGUGCGAGCUCCGUGCGCUAGGCGUGAAUGGGUACAGUCUCAGUCGCACUUCGACUACUGAAACAAAGUAG